GCCUUUCUGAUGCUGCAGCAGAGCGAGGCGGUGCGGGGAGCGCUAGGCGGCUGCGGCGCGGCGGCGGGGCAGAGCAGUGACAGCACGCUCAUAAUGAUCAUAAAAUAAGGAGGCGCUUGGGGUGGGGGCGAGAGAGCCCCGAGCCUCAGCCCUCCGCCCCCGGCUAUCCCCACAGCAGCUCGGAGCCAGGAGGGGCUUGGGGAUCCGAGGCGCCCACGCCAUCCCCAGACCCUAGUAGACAAGAGCCAGGGGACACUGCCCAGGGGAGGGGGCCCCGAGAACGUGCGGACAGAGGUUAGGGGAGACCGGAGGGCGGUGAUCCAGGCACCUGGAGUGGCCCUAAGGGCAGGUCCUCGGCGGCCGAGGCGAAGCGGCGGCGGACACUCGAGCACAGCCCCGGAGCCCUGCGCGGCAGUCGGCGGCGACAGCGACAGUGGCAGAGGAGGGCGCGAGUGGGCGCCGGAGUGGACUCGGCGAGCACCUAGCCCGGAGCGCACCUCUUGGAACCGCGGGUGGGUGCGGGCCUCACAGGACGCCGGACCUCUGCCCCCUGAACGGGAGCUCACGCUGCAAUUGAUUGGGCCCCGCCGGCCGGGCGCGUGUGUCCCAGGGAGCCGGUGCGGAAGGCAGAAGGGCAGGAAGUCGGCGUUCUGCAGCGAGGGUGGCGCGACCGCGCGGGGACCGAGCCUUCCUUAUUUAUGUGCCUGCCAGAGCCCGUCUGCUUCCUCCGAAGACUUCAGGGAGAGUGUCCGAGCUGCCAUCCCCAAGUGUGAGGACGCAGCGCUGGAUGUCAGAACAACAUGCUUAUUCAUUAAACUCCAAACUUUUCUUUUUUUAAAUCCAAAGAAUAUCGGUGGCUUUUGCCCACUGCUAGAAGACGGAGCCCAGGGCUCUUGAGAUGCAACAGAAUUCGUAUUUAUAACAAGGCCCGGUAGUGCUAUGCAAGCCCCCUCCACUCCUUAAGGUCUCUAGCCUAUGGAUCUCGUUUUUGAGUUUUGAGAUUAGAUUGCGCGCUCUGCACUGGGUCCUGCAACCUCCAUCCUUUCAAUGCCCUGUUAUUUUUGGGACUGCUGGCCUUCCCUGGAGAUUAGAGCGGUCCUGUGUGCCAUGGGCUGUAUUCAGAGCAUCGGAGGCAAAGCCAGAGUCUUCCGGGAAGGGAUUACCGUGAUUGAUGUGAAAGCCUCUAUCGACCCCAUCCCCACCAGCAUCGACGAGUCCUCCAGCGUAGUACUGCGCUACCGGACACCCCACUUCCGGGCCUCAGCCCAAGUGGUCAUGCCGCCCAUCCCCAAGAAGGAGACUUGGAUCGUUGGCUGGAUUCAGGCGUGUAGCCAUAUGGAGUUUUACAACCAGUACGGGGAGCAGGGCAUGUCUAGCUGGGAGCUCCCCGAUCUUCAGGAGGGAAAGAUCAAGGCCAUCAGUGACUCUGAUGGGGUGAACUAUCCCUGGUACGGCAAUACCACGGAGACCUGCACAAUUGUGGGGCCCACCAAGAGAGACUCCAAGUUCAUCAUCAGCAUGAACGAUAACUUUUACCCCAGCGUCACGUGGGCGGUGCCUGUCAGCGAAAGCAACGUGGCCAAACUGACCAACAUCUACCGGGACCAGAGCUUCACCACGUGGCUGGUGGCCACCAACACCUCCACUAAUGAUAUGAUCAUCCUGCAGACCCUGCACUGGCGCAUGCAGCUCAGCAUCGAGGUGAACCCCAACCGGCCCCUGGGCCAGCGCGCCAGGCUGCGGGAGCCCAUCGCCCAGGACCAGCCUAAAAUCCUAAGCAAGAAUGAGCCCAUCCCGCCCAGCGCCCUGGUCAAGCCCAAUGCCAACGACGCUCAGGUCCUCAUGUGGAGGCCCAAGUACGGGCAACCGCUGGUGGUGAUCCCGCCCAAGCACCGGUAACAGCCAGGCUGCUGCGAGGUGAGACUCAACGGAACAAUAUUACUGCUCAGAAGGAAACCCAGAAUCCUGUCCGGUCAUUCAGAAAAAUACAACCAUUCUACCUUCUCCCCAGGCGGAUCUCACUGUGCUAAGACCCGCCGGCCUUCUGGCUCUUCCACGUGCUUCCCUGCAGGGAGGGGGGCCAGUAGGACUCCAGGUGCCCACCCCAACCCCAGGGCUCCUCUGCUCCCUUCACAACCUCAGUGUUCAUUGCAGCCGAUUCUCUGAAACACGCUUUUUUUUCCCCCCCUUCCUCUUUGUGGAUUCAGGGGCAGGGAAGGAGUCUGAUUGUCAGGGGACCCAGCCUGCCCUUCCUGCCUCCCUCUGCUGCCAUGCGGCCUUAUGUAGACUUGCUUUGCCAAACUUUUGCCUUAAGCUGAAUUUAAAGGAGAGAAAGGAACGAAAGGUCCCGGAUCUCUGCCCCACAGGACUUGCCCUCUUCUGUCAGAGCUGGAAAGAGGGGAGGCCCACCUGAGCCCUGCCCUUCUUCCUGAGUGUCUAGGUGAGAGGCAAGAGUGGGACCUCAGGUCUAAAACCAGCUGUUUUAUUCUGUUGUUUGGGUGGAAUCAAAGCCACAGACUCUGCCUAGAGCUCCUACCCCACCCCAGUAGAACCCCUCCCCAGUACCCAGCAGGGGUGUGAGCUGGGCAGGGCAUAGAUCCUAGACCCCUCCUCUCUCCUCAGUAGCCUUAACUUGCCUGGUGGAGGUAUUCUAGAAGGAACGGGGAGUUCCCGAAGUGUUGGGUUGGGGCUAGGUAACUUUUUUACCUUCACUAUCUCUAGAACCCACCCUUAGGAAUGUGGCUUUUUCUUUCAUUUACCUUGGUCCCAAAUGCCUGGCAGGGUUGGGGCAUUGUCACUGAAUCUGGACAGUCCCAGCUGUCUUAAGGGAAAGAAGGCGUGCCCUUUCCUCCUGGCCAGCACUGUCACACUUGAAUCUGGGGUUCCAGCACCCAGGGAUGCCCAUUCACUAGCACACUGUAAAGAAGCCAUGACAGGGCUUCUAGCUCAUUCUCAGGGGAAGCAGCUCCCAGACUCUCUGGGGUGGGCUGCAGAUAGACUUUAAGCACCAGCUGGAGGGUGCUUGGGCCCCUCUCCUCCCCAUUAUAGGUGCUCCUGGGGAGGGGGUGGAGGUCUGGGGAGCACAGCUGUUUUACUUGGGAGGUAUCAGGCCAUUGUAAAAUUGACACAUGGUAGGCAGUCUUAGGGUCUACCUGCUGGAGCCCUAGAACUCGGCCUUGAGUGAUGCCAAGGUUUCUAGAAAUGUCUGCUUUGAACUGCUUGAGGGACACUCCUUUAAGUGCGCUAACAGCUGCAUCACUGGAUUCGAACCAAUAAUAAGCACAGAAAACUGUUAUCACAAGAAAAAGAAUGUUUUUGCUGCUGCUGAGCCAUUUGUGGGGGAGCCUUGGAGACAGCAUGGGAGGGUACAGUUAGAUCUCAGCUCUGUUCCUACACUUGAGACGCUUGAGUACUUAAUGUCUGGUCAUUCUCAGCCACUAGGGCCUGGGGGCUGCAGUCACCUGGAGUACACUGAACGGAGCAUGCCCCCGGCACAGUUGCUGGAGAGCCACUAGUCAGGGCUGGACCUCCCUGGAGCCGUCCCUUUCUCUAUGUGGAGGGUGUCGCCUUAGCUGGGAGAACCAUGAGGUCCCAGACCCACACUAGAUCAGGGCUGGCUGUCGACUGGAAAGGCCUUCUCUGUGUUCAGGAUGUCCUUGCCCUGAAGAAGAGACAGGCCCUGGUGAGGGUUGGGAGGCAUGUCCUUGUCCUGGGCUAGGUGAUCUCUAAGGGUUUUGUGGGACUAGGGGUUAGGAAUCACAGUAGGGGUGGCCUGAACUGCUCUGGACAUGGGGACCCCCAAACCUACAUUUCUGAGCUCCUUCCCACUGCAUGCCUGGCUUUGCCCACCUGGCUUCCUCGGCUCCUCUCUCCUCUCUCUACCCUCCUGCCUGGCAGAAGACAGGGCUAGGGAGAACCCCAGAGAGGCUGUCUGUGUCUGAACACGAAGCUUUUCUGUGCUGGUCCCCUCAGCCUAUUGCCUCAUGUUGCUGACAGACCCCAGGCUUUCCUCUACUGUCCUACACACCCAUGCCCACCCAGACAUGGACACUCAGUGUUUGUAGCAAUAAGCACCAACCGUCCGUGGUCACGGACAGUACUGUGAACACAAACCCAUGCGUGCACUUAACAGCCAGCGCGAGACUCUUGAAGACAAUGUCAAACGAACCUUUUUUUUAAAGAUUAAAAUCAAAUA